UUCUUGACCUAGUUCAUAAUAUUGUGAUCUUACAAAAAUCUCACGAUCAAGGAAAUUGUCUCUUUCUCUCCAGCUGGUAUGAGCUAGCCACCGGGCAGUGCACAAGCAACACGGGAAUCAUCGAUUCUGUACGCACCGUGUUGCAAUCAGCUACGACUGCCUACCGAUAAUAAUGUGCAACAAACCGGUUCGACAAAGCCUUAAAUGGUGUUACCAUCGAACGAUACCGUUCCAGUACCGUGAUACCUAUAGACAUGCUAAUUCCUGCCGUGUUGGUGGCCUGCUUUGGUCUUGUUUGGCUAUACAUCCAUUUCAAGCGACGUUAUCUGUUCUGGUUAAAGCGUGAUGUACCGUACCUGGAGCCUACAUUUCCGGUUGGGAACGUGGUGGACAUUUUUAGUCCCACCAUACACUUUGCACACCUCAUUGAGAAGCUGUACAGGCGGUUAAAAGGACGGGGCGAUUAUGCUGGCAUCUACUUCUUCCGGGACCCUGUGCUGUUGGUGUUGUCGCCUGACUUUGCUCGGACGAUUCUUGUGAAGGAUUUUAACUAUUUCGUCGAUCGUGGAGUGUACAGCAAUGAAGAGGUUGAUCCUCUUUCGGCGAAUCUUUUCUUUAUGGAUGGAAAUCGAUGGAGAAAACUACGGUCGAAACUAGCGCCAACCUUUACCUCCGGGAAGUUGAAAGCUAUGUUUCACACGAUAGUGGAUGUGGGAAAUCGUUUGGAUCAAUACCUAGCGGAUCGAUGCAUUCGAUUACAGCGUAUAGAUAUCAAGGAGCUUCUGGCGCGGUUUAUGACUGACGUGAUAGGAUCGUGUGCUUUUGGAAUCGAGUGUAACAGUUUAGACAACCCAAACUCACAGUUCCGGCUCAUGGGCAAACGUAUGAUUAACCUGCCCAAACUAAAAGCCCUCAAAGUGUUCUUCGCCAUGAUGUUCCGGAAGCAAGCGCAACUACUAGGUAUACGCUAUAAUGAUAAGGAUGUGUCAGAGUUUUUCAUGAACGUCGUUCGGGACACGAUUCGCUAUCGUGAGGAAAAGGGAGUACGGAGAGAUGAUUUUAUGCAGCUCCUUAUCGACAUGAUGAAGCAAGAUGGUACCGGGGCAGGUGAAGCCCUCACGUUUGAAGAGAUAGCUGCACAAGCUUUCGUGUUUUUUUUCGGAGGGUUUGAAACAUCCACGACUACCAUAACCUGCGCAUUGCACCUGCUGGCGAAACAUCCAAAAGCUCAGCGCAAAGCAAGAAAGUGUGUGCGAAGUGUGUUGGCCAAACAUGGCAAUCAGUUAACGUACGAAGCUAUCACGGAGAUGGACUAUAUCGAGUGUAUUAUCAACGAAACGCUUCGGCUAUACCCACCAGUGGCCACGAUUCAUCGAAUGACCUCACAACCCUAUCAACUGCCAAACGGAAAAAUCCUCCCGGUCGGUGUCGGAGUGAUCAUCUCGAAUCUUGCCUUCCAUCACGAUCCUACCUACUUCCCUGAACCGCACCUGUUCAAGCCGGAACGAUUCGAGGACAAAGCGUUUGGGAAAAACAAUCCAAGCUAUCUUCCCUUCGGAGAUGGACCCCGGAUGUGUAUAGCGAUGCGUUUUGGACAGCUUCAAACACGGUUAGGGUUGGCAAUGUUGUUGAGGAACUACAAUUUCGCUAUUGACGAUUGUGAUGCUGACCGUCCGCUGCUUAUUGAUCCGAUCAACCUAAUGCACGGUCCUGCGGGAGCAGUUUGGCUGAAUGUGGAACGUACUGUGGAGAAGAACUCUAAUGUGAAACAAUCGAUUUCAAAUCACUUUAGUUUAAAUUCACUGCCUCAAUCAUUACCUAAUAAUAACCAUCAAGUGAUUAUACCAUUCAGUGCUUCGUUCGUUCUAGUCAUGUUUGUACAUUUACUGCUAGUGGCCAGCUUGGCCCUGCUGUGGAUUUAUCUACACUUUAAGCAACGUUACCGAUUCUGGGCGGAUCAAAAUGUGCCUUAUAUGGAGCCUGCAUUCCCAGCUGGAAACGUUGCAGAUACAUUGAAGCCAACCAUACACUUUGCACACAUCAUUGAGAAGCUGUACAAGAAAUUGAAAUCCCGAGGUGAUUAUGUUGGGAUUUACUUUUUCCGGGACCCGGUGCUGUUGGUCUUGUCACCGGACUUUGCCCGAACGAUUCUUGUGAAGGAUUUUAACUACUUCGUCGACCGUGGAGUGUACAGCAAUGAAGAGGUUGAUCCUCUUUCGGCUAAUCUUUUCUUCAUGGAAGGUAAUCGAUGGAGAAAACUACGGUCGAAACUAGCGCCAACCUUUACCUCCGGGAAGCUGAAGGCCAUGUUCCACACGAUAGUGGAUGUGGGAAAUCGUUUAGAUCAAUAUUUAGCGGAAAGAUGCAACCAAGAGCAGCGGCUUGAUAUUAAGGAACUGCUGGCACGUUUCCUAACCGAUGUGAUUGGAUCGUGUGCUUUCGGGAUCGACUGUAACAGCAUAGACAAUCCAAACUCGCAGUUUCGAGUGAUGGGUAAGCGUAUGAUUAACCUGCCCAAACUAAAAGCCCUCAAAGUGUUCUUUGCCAUGAUGUUCCGGAAGCAAGCGCGCGCACUAGGGAUACGUUUCAACGACAAGGAUGUAUCCGAUUUCUUUCUCAACGUUGUCCGGGACACGAUCCGCUAUCGGGAGGAAAACAACGUCCGUAGAGACGAUUUUAUGCAGCUCCUAAUCGACAUGAUGAAACAGGAUGGUGUUGGGGCUGGUGAAUGCUUAACGUUCGAAGAAAUUGCCGCCCAAGCAUUCGUGUUUUUCUUUGCGGGAUUUGAAACCUCCACGACCACGAUAACUUGCGCCUUGCAUCUACUGGCCAAACAUCCGGAGGUGCAAAACGAAGCAAGGAAAUGUAUUCACGAAACACUGAUAAAACACAACAAUCUACUGUCGUACGAUGCCGUCAUGGAAAUGGAAUAUAUUGGGUGGAUUAUCAACGAAACCCUUCGUAUGUAUCCACCGGUGGCAACGUUACACAGAAUCACAACACAACCCUAUCAGCUACCAAACGGUGCUGUUUUACCUGAAGGAAUCGGUGUGAUUUUACCGAAUCUAGCAUUUCAAAACGAUCCAGACUACUUCCCAAACCCCCGCGACUUUAAACCGGAACGAUUUUCGAUUAAGAAUGAUUUUAAGAACAAUUUUAGCUACCUUCCCUUCGGAGAAGGUCCACGGAUAUGCAUCGGGAUGCGUUUCGGAUUGCUGCAAACGCGUCUUGGGCUAGCUAUGCUGGUGAGGAAUUAUCAUUUCACUAUUGAUCCAUCCGAUGCAGAACGUCCACUUCGGAUCGAUCCGAUCAAUCUGUUGCAUGGUCCCGCAGGAGAAGUAUGGUUGAACGUAAAACGUAUCGUUGACAUGUAA